CGACCGUGCCUGUCAGAGAUACGCAUUUCCAUUGGCCAGAAACACGCGCUCAAAUGCGUCUAUCGAUUUGUUGAGUACUGCGCCCCGUUUUCCUAAGCGCGGUUCAGUCAAACGAAAAGUCGAGUUCGUUACAGCAGCGGUGUCUUUGGACCCGAGGCGCCUUAGAUUUUAGGGUGGCGUUCCGAACCCCAUGCCCCAGAGCUGUUCCAUCCACUUAGUUCUAGUAGUGUCGUUUCUGUGUCCGUUCAUAUAGCUAGGCGAAUAAAAUGGGCGGGUGUGCAUCGAAGGAAAGUAGCGCCAAAGAACCGAAAAAAGACGACGAUACUGGAAAAGACACAAUGGUUGACGCUGCAACCCUUGAAAAACUCGAAGCCGGCUACAACAAGCUUGCAUCAUCUGAUUCCAAGUCCUUGUUGAAGAAAUACCUCACCAAAGAAGUUUUCGAUCAACUCAAAACUAAAAAGACCUCUUUUGGUUCAACCCUUUUGGACUGUAUUCAAUCUGGUGUUGAAAAUUUGGAUUCCGGUAUUGGUAUCUACGCUCCCGAUGCCGAAGCCUACUCCGUAUUUGCUGCUCUCUUUGACCCCAUCAUCGAAGAUUACCACAAAGGCUUCGGCAGGAACGACAAACACCCCCCUAAGAACUGGGGAGAUGUCAGUGUUUUCGGCAACUUGGACCCCGCUGGCGAAUUCGUCGUCUCCACCCGUGUCAGAUGCGGCAGAUCUCUCGAAGGAUACCCCUUCAACCCUUGCUUGACCGAAGAACAGUACAAGGAAAUGGAACAGAAAGUUUCGAGCACACUCUCCGGCCUCGAAGGCGAACUUAAGGGCACUUUCUACCCCCUUACCGGCAUGAGCAAAGAUGUCCAACAGAAACUCAUCGACGACCACUUCUUGUUCAAGGAAGGCGACCGUUUCUUGCAGGCGGCUAACGCUUGCCGAUUCUGGCCCAGCGGUCGUGGCAUCUACCACAACGAAAACAAAACCUUCUUGGUGUGGUGUAACGAGGAAGACCAUCUUCGUAUCAUCUCCAUGCAAAUGGGCGGUGACUUGGGUGAAGUCUACCGUCGUCUCGUAACCGCCGUCAAUGAAAUCGAGAAGCGGGUGCCCUUCUCCCACCACGACAGACUUGGCUUCCUCACCUUCUGCCCAACCAACUUGGGAACCACCGUGCGUGCCUCUGUGCACAUCAAAGUACCCAAGCUGGCCGCCAACAAGGCCAAACUGGAAGAGGUGGCUGCCAAAUACAACUUGCAAGUCCGUGGAACUCGCGGCGAACACACUGAAGCCGAAGGUGGCAUUUAUGAUAUUUCCAACAAGAGACGUAUGGGUCUUACUGAAUUCGAUGCUGUAAAGGAGAUGUACGAUGGCAUCGCUGAGCUCAUCAAGAUCGAAAAAGAAUUGUAAACCCCAUACAUUCGUGAUCAUUACUUAUAAGCAAUGAUAAUAUUAUUUUUUAGUACUUUUCGUACGUAUUAUUUUUUUUGCUGUGGAGGGGAGAAUGCUUAUUGCAAUCGAGCCUCUUUUAAUAAUUUAGUGUAUUCAAGCUUUCUAGUCGACAAGAUGAUUUCAAAAGAGCAUUAAAUUAUCAAUCUGUCAACUAAUAUUUGUCAACUGUUAUAAUUUUUAGUUUAUAAAUAAAUAUAAGUAUUAUUUGAACUGCAAAUUUAUUACAAAACUAAGCGUUUAAUAAAAGACGUCCAAUAAA